GAAGUCUUUCGUUCGCGGCGCUAUUUCUGUAUUAUCCGCAAAGUAUGCGGGAAUACAAGUUAGUUGUGCUUGGUAGCGGUGGUGUUGGGAAGAGUGCCCUCACUGUUCAGUUUGUGCAAGGAAUUUUCGCUGAAAAGUAUGACCCCACUAUCGAAGAUAGCUAUCGGAAGCAGGUUGAGAUUGAUUCCCAACAAUGCAUGCUAGAGAUUCUAGAUACAGCUGGAACUGAGCAAUUUACGGCGAUGAGGGAUCUUUACAUGAAAAACGGACAGGGGUUUCUGCUAGUUUAUUCAAUCACAUCACAGGCUACAUUCACUGACCUUAUUGAUCUGCGGAAACAAAUUCUUCGUGUCAAAGAUGUUGAUGAGUUUCCACUAGUUCUGGUUGGAAAUAAAUGUGACUUGGAAGAUGAAAGAAGUGUGGGUACAGAACAGGGAAGAAACUUGGCGAAUGAGUGGAAGUGUCAUUUCGCAGAGACUAGUGCCAAGACUAGAUCUAAUGUAAAUGAGGUGGGUAAUCUACGUUGUUUUGUACCUUCUAAUGAAAAUUAGUGUCUUUAUACACUUGUAUACACUUCAUUUGAAUUGGUUACUCAGUUUUAGGAGUAAGAGUCCUCCAGUCUUUGUACUGGAACUCGUUGCUGUCUCCUGUCAGUCCUAAUUUACUUGUAUGUGUUUCGAUUGUCCAGUGUUUAGCAAUAAAGUAGUAAUAGGAUUUAUAUUAUUCCAAUUAGACCCAAGCAUUUUAAGGUUGCGAUUAUCUCUUCAUUUGGAGUUUAUUCUAAAUAGACCGUUAAAUAUCUGCAGUAUAAGCCCCAAUAAUGUACUUUAGUUUACACUAAUGUAUUUUGUAAGCUAGUAUGCGGUCUCAUUCACUCUGAUGUACAAAUUAAAUAAACGUCUUGAACACAAAUCAGUCAUGAUUGCGGCGAGACUACAAUUAAUGAACGAACUAGUCAGAUUUAUGGUGGUAGGUCUUAGAUUUUGGCGCGAGAUUCAUCCGCUCAUUUGGCUAAAUACCAUUUCGGCAUUAUAGCUAAUGUCAGUUCGUAGUGAAAAUAUUAAAUAUAAUAUCUAAUCUUAACAUUCAGAUGUCAAUCCUAAUCCUAGUUCCACGUACUAAUUUACAACCUUCAUUUAACCCUAGUUAGUAAAUGAACACUUCCAGGGUCAUUUUGGUGUUGCUCAAAGGUCGUCCAUAAACUAUAGCGCCACCGCACUCAAUUUUACAACGAUUAGUACAGUAAGCCGUAUCAACGAUUUUUGACGAGACACAAACGUCCGAAAGUAUAGGUUUACCCGUUCUUCUGAGAUGAUUUUCAGGUGUUGUGGUUUGAAACCAUGACGAGGCGGUUCAUUACUUUCAAUGCCAAGUCUGUAUUGUUAAACCAAGCCUCUCCGUCACUUAAUCACACCUCACUAGGUUAAAAUUAUGAUGUGAGCUCUCCAGAACAUAAUUUUAGCCCCUCAGUGAUGAGGACUAUGAAACUAGUAGUGAGGUACUACUUCACUUCGUUUUCCAUAUGUUUAUUAUUUAUUUAUUUAAACACAAAUAUUAGUACAAGGAAGCACCAGAUAAAUAUGCGCUUCACAAAUCUCAUUCGAUUUACUUGAGGGCUGUGAUACUGCCCAGGUGCCCAGACUGAAGCAGGUGGUUUCCUUAGGGGGCCACACCCGGAGCCUUUGACCUAAAGGUCUAGUCCACAAGGCAGUGAAGCAUCGUAAGGAGAUGCAGUCCCAUGGUAGCCGUUGACCAAUAACAGGUUCGUCCGCCAUUCGUUCCAUCAGGAUACUGGAGCCCAUGUGCACCAUUGGUUUGGAACCAGGGUUUUCCAACUCCCCUAGGUGGAAUUUCCAUAUCCACCAACCCGGUUUAAGCUCCGGGCAUUCGCUUUUCCUCCUCUCAAUUUCGUAAUCAACAUCCCUGCCUCGAGAAGGCAGUGAGUAGGACUUCCCUGUCAGAGGCUAUAUAUUCGCGUGGCCAUAUGAGAGCAUUUCUAAAGAGAGAGCGGGCUUUCCCCACUCUCGGCCGUACCAGGGCAUUUGGGGACAUAUGUGGAGAAAUUUGAACACUUCAUAUGUACCUGAACUUUGUUCUGAUGAUAUUGUUCAGAAAAACGAUCGAACUAUCCAGCUCAGAGAACAAAACCGUAUCCAAAAAAUACGAGUCUCGUAUAGACGACAGAAAUCAGUGUUCAGACUUUUUAAAGGCAGUCAAACUUAUGUUAUCCUAUCUGCAUUAGUGUGGGAAUUUAUGGAAAGCUACAAAUGUUUUCAAAAAGGCUGGUUCAUAAUUCGUAUUCAAUAGUAGCACUCAACUUUCGGUUAGUCAGUGACUUGAGGUCGUUCAGAUAGAACAGGGUUUCCACCAUACACAAGCUGCUGUAUGAGUUGAAGAAUAAGGAAAUACACAAUAUGGGGAAAAAGCAAUGGACGAUUGAAGUGAUGCUAAAUAAGAACGAAUGUUAUCGAAUAACUGUAAGUAUACUAAUGAUUGAAGCGAGAAUAAUUUUUUUUUCCAGUUAUAGUAUUAUUAUUAUUAUUAUUAUUUAAACACAUAUAUAUUGGUACAAAAGGGCACCAGCUACAUAUGCGCCACACAAAAUAAUUUGUGUGUGGGCUGUGAUAUUGCCCAGGUGCCCGAACCGAAGCAGGUGGUUUUCUUAGGGGACCACACCCCGAGCCUUUGACCUAAAGGUCUGAUCCACAAGGCAGUGGAGCAUCGUGAGGAGAUGCAGUCCCAUGGUAGCCGUUGACCAAUGACAGGUUCUUCCGCCAUUCGUUCCAUCAGGAUACUGGAGCCCAUGUGCACCAUUGGUUUGGAAUCAGGGUUUUCCAACUCCCCUAGGUGGACCCUCCAUAUCCACCAACCCGGUUAAAGCGCCAGACAUUCGCUUUUCCAGUUAUAGUCAUAAGUCGGAUCCUUUAUGUACUAAGAUACCACCUGGGUGCCCAGACCGAAGCAGGUAGUUUUCUUAGCCAUCUAGUCCCCGAGCCUUUGACUUGAAGACAGCGACCUUGGGGAUGCUGUUUCAUGGUAGCCUGUGAUCAACAACAGAUUCAUACGUCAUUUAUUCCUUAAGGAUACUUGAAUCCAUGUUAACAAUUUAUUUAGAAUCAGGGUCUUCCAACUCUCCUAGGUGGGUCCUCCGUACCCAUCGGGCUUCCCUAGGAGUUUCUGUACAAGCAAAAGCACUACUACAGUAUUGUGAGUAUUCUUUUGUUGCAUGUGCUUGACUUCUAUACUCUUUCUUAAAGACCAAAAGUUGAGUAGCUCACUCCCAUUUUUUAUAGGCUUUUCCUCUUGGUAUUAGUUGAGAAUGUCAAGAAGAAAUACCUAAAACUGAAAAGUGAAUCGCAGGGUUUCAAAGUGUGUGUUAUUACAUCCUGGAGACCUGCUCAAUGUAGUUUUUGGUGUCAUCGUUACAACCACUUGGUUACUAAUACAUUGUUUCCGAGGUUAACCUGGUCAUCCACAGAACUGUUAAGAAUCUAAUAAGUCGAAAUCAUUUCAUUUCCGGCAAUCAUCUUCUGCUAAUAUGACCAUUCGUUAAUUUGCUUCAUUUUUUGUUUUUCUUGUAAUCUCAGUUCGCUCUUAAGUACUUAACUAUUUAGUCCGUCGAGUUCCUCAAAGUUAAAUUCAUCGAAGUUUAUAAUGAUUUCGAAUAUUUUAUUAUUCAGAUAUUUCACGAUCUCGUUCGUCAAAUUAAUGCGAAGACACCCAAUCCUGCUUCAAAGUCAUCAAAGAAAUCGAAAUGCUGCUGUCUCUGAAGUGGCAGUUUUGUAUGCUUUUAAUAUCUUGUUGUUUAUUUUCUCGUCUAUUAAGCGACCAAGCUUCACUAACUUACGUUUGAAGGCGCAUUACUAACUUUUUUCUAACUUCGUAUAGUAAUUAUACCCUUACUGUUUUAACUCGCUGGUCUCAUUUUUUAAAAUCUAGUAUAUUAUGUUGACUUUAUUUGUCUCAGCCCAUCUGACGUUUCUUAUAGUUCUCACGAAGACAGUUUUGCUUCAGUUGCCUACUUCUUGACUAAAGAAGUCCUAAUCAAAAUAUGCCGUUUGAUUAGUAAUAUUUUAAUCCUCACUUUUUGUUUCUUUCGACUUCGGUGUCAGAAUGUUUUGUAAUUUUCACGCUUUUUGCCUUAUACAAACUUCGGUAUUUUUAAUUUUCAAUGGUCCAAUGUUGUUCAGUUAAAGUUGUGUAUAGUUUUUAACUGUAUUUCUUUUGCUAACUUUGUUUUGUUACCACAUGUAUCGGCGAUACCCCUUUGUUUUUUUAUUUAACAUUAAUAUCCGCUAUCAGCGAUCUCAAUCAUUUUUAAAACAUUAAAUUUAAAAGAAAUUGCUAAUAUACCAUUUUAGUAAAACUGGCU